AUGCUCAGAUUAUCCUCAAACUCCUCCUCAGAUUAUCCUCAAACUCCUCAGUCUAAUCCUCAAACUCCUCCUCAGAUUAUCCUCAAACUCCUCAAACUCCUCCUCAAACUACUCCUCGGUCUAAUCCUCAGACUCCUCCUCAGAUUAUCCUCAAACUCCUCCUCAGAUUAUCCUCAGACUCCUCCUCAGAUUAUCCUCAGACUCCUCCUCAGAUUAUCAUCAAACUCCUCAAACUACUCCUCGGUCUAA